AAAGCCGGUAGAUGGCAGCUCUGCAUCCUCCCCACACCCACGGCAAAGAGAAGGCGGACCGUGGAGGGAAAAGCACGCAGCGGACUAUCCUCUAGACAUCAAGCUGAAGCAGGAGUGAAGGAAAUGAAAGGGCUGCUGCAGGACUUUGGGAAGAAGUAGUUUGAUAAGCGCAUAUUUAUUCUGGUGGAAAAAUCUGCAUAUUGCCCAGAGAGAAGAGAAAACCUCGCCGGCCAUGCAGCACUACGGCGUGAACGGCUACUCUCUGCACGCCAUGAAUUCCCUCAGUGCCAUGUACAACCUUCACCAGCAGGCGGCGCAGCAAGCGCAACACGCGCCUGACUACAGGCCCUCGGUGCACGCGUUAACUCUUGCAGAGAGACUUGCAGGUUGCACAUUUCAAGACAUUAUCCUUGAGGCCCGCUAUGGCUCGCAGCACAGAAAGCAGCGGCGCAGUCGCACAGCCUUCACUGCUCAGCAGCUGGAGGCUCUGGAGAAAACCUUCCAGAAGACCCACUACCCUGAUGUGGUGAUGCGGGAGCGCCUGGCCAUGUGCACCAACCUGCCAGAGGCCAGAGUGCAGGUGUGGUUCAAGAACCGCCGGGCCAAGUUUCGUAAGAAGCAGCGCAGCCUCCAGAAGGAGCAGCUGCAGAAGCAGAAGGAAGCAUCGGGAGCCGCCGAUGGCUCCCCAGAAGACUCUAAAACAGACCUCACGACAACGGCUAACCCCGCUACCAAUGCGGUCCCUGAGGUGCGCACUCCUCCUCCUCCUCCGUCCUCCUCUUCAUCCUGUCACUCAGAGUCCGAGAGGCUGUCUGCGGCGCGGCCUCAGCCAGGGGAAAUCAGCGUGGAAGUCAACGUCACGUCCCCCGAGCCGUCAGACAGCGAGUCGGCAGCAGAGGACAAUGCUGAGCGUGAGGAGGACGAGAUAAGCGGGGAGUCGAGGGUGAAACUCAGGGAGGAGGCGCAAAGAGAGGGGUCUGCCCAGGCCGGACGAAGCUCUCCGUCCUGCAAAGGACUCAGCCCCACGUCAGACUCUCCACUAAGCUCCCCCGCCCUGCCGUCCUCCAGCAGCGUGACCAGCGGCUUGGUUCAGAGCAACUCCUACGCCUCGUCUCCCCUCAGCCUCUUCCGACUGCAGGAGCAGUUCCGGCAGCACAUGGCCGCCACCAACAACCUGGUGCAUUACCCGUCCUUUGACAUGAGCGCGCCGUCCUCCCUGCCCUACCUGGGCAUGAACGUCAACAUGCCUUCCCCACUGGGCUCGCUGCCCUGCCAGUCCUACUACCAGACCCUGUCACAAGCCCAACAGGUGUGGAACAGCCCGCUGCUGCAGGCGGCACCGGGCGGCCUCCCGGGAAGCCUCAACAGCAAGACCACGAGCAUCGAGAACCUCCGGAUGAGGGCCAAGCAGCACGCGGCCUCUCUGGGACUGGACACGCUUCCCAACUGAAGCCUCUGGCAAGCUUUUUUUUCGGGCCCACAAUCCAAGUUUUCAUCGCGACCCCCCCUUCGAAACAACUUCAUGUAUCCGCAGAGAUUUCCAGCAGAAGCCCAAGAACGAAUCGGUGUUAUUACAAGAAAAAAAAAAAAAAACUUUCAAAGCUUUUCAAAAAACAAACAAACACACAAACUGUGCUUAAGUUAGCACUUCGGAGGACCUACCUCAACAUGGAUUGUCGACACACACUUUUGUUAUUAUUCUCACAGCCUUCGACCUCAAAGACAAGCAGAGAACACCAGAUAACAACCAUAAUCCUCCCGUCUUGACUGCAGUUGCGACUGAAGAGUUGACUUCAUCGGUGGAUUAAAUUAACUCUAAAAGGCCAAUAGCAUCAGUUGGUGCUAACAAGGAUUAAGUCAGGGCAAAAAAAAAAAAAAAAAGCUCUCCCAAUUGUUUAUCUGAUAUUCUAAAAUACUCUGUAACCCUACAAAAUCCAUUGAACGUAUGCAUGCAUGAGAUCCUCUUAAGCAUGGCUUAUACAGCCAUCGAAUACAGCUAUCAUGGGAGUAAAAAAAAAAAAAAGACUGGAUACCACAAAUAUAGGUCUAAUCACUUUCAGUGACAUCCCCGUUUGAACGUAUUGUUCUCAGCUUGGACUAAACGGAGUGUUGUAAAUAUCCUCCAGUGCUCGCCUCCAUCUGACUGUUUUCAAAGCAACCCCAAGUCAACGUUUGGGCAAAGGGUUUGCGAGAGAAAAAUAUAUACAUAUAUAUUUAUUUCCCAACUAAAGCCUCUAGCAAUGGAUCUAACCACAGAAAUGAAAUACUUGGGAAAAGAAACUGCAGCUGCCCACAUUUUUGCGCUUGCCAGUGGCUUCGGCAGAAAGUAGCACACCCUAAACCUCUGUAUUGUAUAUAUCACUGUAGAUUUAAAUACAUGUAUUUGUCAAUUGGUUAAAAUAUGAGUAAUUUAUCUGUUCAAUGCAAAAAUAAAUAAUUGUAAAUGAAGUGUUCA